AGAUCUUGAACAGUAUGAAAACGAAACCAACGACUCAGAAGCUGAGUCUGGUGAGGAAGUGGAAGAAACGUCAGAUGUUUUAGGUGAGGAAAUUACAAUUCUGAUCGAAAUGAAUUGCUUACACACUUAAAAGUAUCACUAACCAAUAACCAAGUCCCAUACAUAUACAUGUCAUUUAAUUAUUCGUCGAUGACAAAUCUAAUGAAUUAUAGCUAGCGUUAUUAACUUCCCAAAGACAGACCCAUCCAAAAACAAUCGGUGUAAGUGUGCUGAGUUUUGUUCAUCUUUUUUCAUGGAAACAACUCUUCAGUGUAAAACUCUAAAUAAAAACAACUGAAUAUUCAACAACACAAAUUAUUUUUUUCCUGGAGCUACAUAAGGGUUCUUUAUGCAGUCAUCGCACAGAUUUUCAACAAGAAUGCUGUUUUUUUUUUCACACUAAGCGGAAUAAUAUAGUUUCCCCUGUAUUACCCACUUAAACUGUUGAUUUCGUCCUCCACUUUGGAGAAGCGUAUAUUGCUAUUGAUUAGAAACAAGAUAUCCACUGGCAAUCUUAUAUCUUUACCCAACCUCCCCCCCCUCUCCUAUGAAAAACGUUUUUUUUUUUCUUUUUGAAAAACCGAAAAAACAAAUUAAUAAAACCUUGAGACUGAGAUGAAGUAGAAUUUUGAGAUCACAAACAAACGACACACCAUGAGCUGAAGGUCAGUUAAGAUAGUUUCAAUUUCGCUCAUUUGCCGCUAAGUCCUGAAAACCUUUGACGCGCUGUAAAAUUAUGAAAGAAUCCUUUUCCAUAAUGCCAAAACUUGGUGCGAAUUGGUUUUUCCAGUCAUCAGGGUAAGUUGCACAAGUAAGUGACAUACAUAAUAUUCUUAUUUGCUUUCUUCACUUUUUUCUACUCGAUAAAAUAUUAUACCAAGUCAAGAGGAGAUUUUCCCAUAAUUUUCUCUUCAAAACAAUCGCAAAAAUAAGAAUAAGCCUUAUCUCCACACAGAGAACUUCAUGGAAAGGAACAGUGUGUAUCUAGAUGUGUGAUAACAAUAAAAUAAAUUGUUUUUCAAAACAGAAGAUAAAGGAAAAAAGAAGUUCACAAAGGGUUUUCUAUCCUACGAGUUGAUGAUUUCCGUGGGCACUGGCAGACAUCCCUCUGAGUACAAAGAUUAUGGCUGUCAUUGUGGACGUACUCCAUAUGGAAAACGUUCUCCUUCUGGUAGACUUCGAAAACGUCCUAGAGGUAGAAAAUGUCCUAAAGGUGGAAAAGGUCCUAGAGGUGCAAAACGUCCUUAUGGUGGAAAACGUCCUAGGGGUGGAACACAUACUAAAGUUGGAAAACGUCCUAAAGGUGAUAAACGUCCUAAAGGUGGAAAACGUCCUAGAGGUGGAAAACGUCCUAAAGGUGGAAAACGUCCUAGAGGUGGAAAACGUCCUAAUGGUGGAAAACAUACUAAAGUUGGAAAACGUCCUAAAGGUGAUAAACGUCCUAAAGGUGAUAAACGUCCUAAAGGUAGAAAACGUCCUAGAGGUGGAAAACGUCCUAAAGGUGGAAAACGUCCUAGAGGUGGAAAACGUCCUAAUGGUGGAAAACGUCCUAGGGGUGGAAAACAUACUAAAGUUGGAAAACGUCCUAAUGGUGGAAAACGUCCUAAAGGUGAAAAACGUCCUAGAGGUGGAAAACGUCCUAGGGGUGGAAAAUAUACUAGGGUUGGAAAACAUCUUAGACGUGGGAAACGUCCUCGAUUUGGAUUACGUCCUCGAUAUGGAAAAUUGCACAUCAUGGACAAAGUGGACAAGUAAAUGAAUUAUACAAUGUUGUUUUUAUUACUUUGUUUGCUUUUUCUUCUCUUUAUCAAACGUAUAUGUUUCUUUUUUUAUCUUUCCGUUUGCUCGUUCACCCUGCAGCAAGGGCUUUUGGCUGAGGUUGGUCAGUUGAAAUCUCCGCGGUGUGAAAAAAUAUGAUUCAUUCCGUUUGACUAUGGUCAGUUUGAAACUCUAUUUGCAUAUUUGGACUUGGUUUCGAUGGAACAAUAUUUAGUUUAGGGUCGUGAUUAAUUUAGGAGUACAAUAGUCUAGCUUUACUUCCUCCUGCAAUUGUUCUUACAAUCCGUGCCGUUCUCUCAACCAAUCACCAUGGCUAUCAAUGUUUACCUACUCUAAUGACCUCUAAAAUGUAUGUCAUAUGAUAUUCACCAUUGGCCCUCUGUGGCAUCUUUUAUUGUAUGAACAGAACUUCAUAUAACUUAUAUAGAACUUAUUGUGUGAAUAAAACUUCCCUACAGAGCUAAAGAAUUUACCAUCGUUCUAAUGAUUAGAAUGAUGUUACAUUCUUUAGCUCGUUAAGGAAAUAGAGAAAGAAGUUAUUUCGUCUUGCCACGGGCGUGGGACAAAAAAUUCUGAGUCCUCAUGAAAAGUCGAAUUUCAGACCUCCGAGUCCGCUAACCGAUGCUCUUUCAAUGAGCCAUAGAGAUUCUAUGGUAAGCUUCAUCGUUUCGAACAAAUUCUCGAAACUUUUUAUCCUAACAAAUAUGCAUGACACGGUUUUGGUUUUGUAGCACUCAGUAAAAAGACACACCGAAAGACAUGAAACCAUCUAUUUUGUUUUUCAGUUGUUGCCGCAUCCGCAAUAUCUGCCUCAGUAAACAUAUGAAGUCUAAGUAUUGCCCCUUCAGAAAACUUGGAGCACUGUUUGACAUGUCUUACGCAGUAAGAUUGACUAAGAAAGGAGGCAAAGAAAAUUUCAAAUGCGGUAAGCUCAAAACUCUUAACCAGGAUAGCUAAUUAUAUAACCAACAGCUCUAUUGAAUGGUGACUUGAGAGAGAAAGAGACUUUUCGACUAAAUUUUUUAGGCAGCAAUCUUACAAAUAUAUAAUGAUAAUAAUGAAUUCACUAUCAGGCUUCAGCAGAAACGUUUUUUGCAAAAUGGCCAAACGUCAAAAACGAGACUCUUAUGGCGCACUUAUUACAAAGGCGUUGAUUGCGGCUUCCAUUGCAAAUUGAAAAGAUUAAAGGCCCGAAGAUGUAAUUUGAAAAAAGUUUGCAAUUCUUCAUUAAAUAUUUCGUUUUUAGUUAUGUCAUCGUCAUUACAAUAAGCGUUGUAAUAGCUACCAUCAUCAAUACUUUUUGAUUCUUUCAGAGCCUGUCAGAAGCCGCUGUCGUUACGAACUGUGCAAGUGUAAUACUAAAGCCGUCAAUUGCUUCAUGAGGAACAAAUAUUAUCCAGAAUACGCGCAGAAUGACCCCAAAAUUUGUCGUUCACGUGGCGAACUUCGCUUUCUUAAGAAGAAUAAGAUGCGGUCUUAAAUGAUUCCAGUUCCCAAACAUAUUCAUGACUGUGUACAA